AAGUCAACGGGUCAGCUCUGCCGCCAACUGUCACCCAGCGGGCAUGCCGGAUGAUAAUUAAGCUGGUUCAGAGGCGCCAUGGGAGUUGAGAGCACGGCCACUGGUCAAGCCUGAGUGAGCUUCUCGCCGUCGGCAGGAAGAGGCGGUCUCUGUCCGGGCGGCCGGCGGCAGGGUUCGCCGUGAAAUCACCGGGGGCGCCUGCCGGUGAAGUGCCUGGUGGUGGGGUGCUCUGCUCUCCUCCAACACAGGUUGCCAACUUUAGAUUUUGAUUGGGGGCCUAUAUUGUUGGCAUACAGUGGAUCGGAACACCAGAGAAAAUAAAAUAAGCUUAUGACUACAGAUCUCAUCCAUGAGUCAUGCAACGAGUCCAAACAUUAAGAUAUUCACAGAAGAUGAGAUUAAAGAUAUUACCAGCAACUACAGCACUCUCAUUGGGAGAGGUGGUUUCGGAGAAGUCUAUAGAGGUGUCCUUGAUGCUGACUAUGAUCUAGUCGCGGUGAAGAGAUACAUCCGCCUAGACUUACGAGAAGAGUUCAUGGAAGAAGUAAGCAUCCAUAGUAUGAUGAGCCACAAGAACGUGGUGAAGCUCAUAGGCUAUUGUGUCAGCGAAAAUACUCUGAUGUUGGUAACAGAGUAUAUCUCCAAUGGAAACCUCGAUAACAUACUUCAUAAAAGUGACAUCCCCAUCCCUCUGGAUAUAAGACUGGGUAUUGCGAUAGGGUGUGCAGAGGCGUUGAGCUACAUGCAUUCGAUGCAUUUGUCGAGUGAUAAGCUCAUUUAUCAUGGUGAUGUUAAGCCUGCCAACAUACUUUUAGAUGACAACCUCACAACAAAAGUAUCAGAUUUUGGAUUGUCAAGGCUUCUUUUCGGUGGUGAUACUCAGUUCACUACGAGCUUAAAGGGAAGCAUGGGCUACAUGGAUCCUAUAUAUUUUCAUGAGGGGCGUCUUACCCCGAAGAGCGAUGUCUAUAGUUUUGGAGUAGUCCUGUUCGAACUAAUAGCUCGAAAGAGGGUUAAACGCGGGGACAGUAACCUCAUUCCAGCAUUCAAUAAAGCCUGUGCCAAGGGGAAAGGAUUGAGGGAACUGUUUGAUGCAGCAAUAGCAGAUGAGAAGAAUAUGAAGAUUCUUAAAGAAAUGAGGAAAUUGGCAGCUGAAUGCGUGACACUGGACAUUCGUGCACGUCCACAAAUGAAUGACGUGGCAAAACGCCUUCGGGUUCUUAGGAAAGAUCUCAAGGGCAGCCCACAAUCCAUCUUGGCAACACACUCUUCAUGGCAAAAUCCUUACAAGCAAGGCACAAGCAUGCCCAGUUUUAAAAAGGGUUUUAGCUUUUUCAAGGGAAAUUCUAGUAAUUCUAAGAUCCUAUCUGAACUCCGCAAUGUAAGAAUUUUCACAAAGGAGGAGAUAAAUGAAGUGACACAGAAUUACUCAUUUCCACUCAGCACAGGUACAUCGGCCGAGGUUUAUAAAGGAACACUUGAGGACAAUACAGUGGUGGUGGUGAAUAGAUUUCUUCAUGAGGACUCUAAAGAGCUGUUCAUCAACGGAGGGACGACCCUAUCUCAAGUUGUCCACAAGAACAUCAUCAAACUUUUGGGUUGUUGCAUGGAAGACACAACUCUUAUUUUUAUAUAUGAGUACAUUCCUAAAGGUAGUCUCUUUGACAUUUUGGCUAGCCAGGAAGAUUUGGCGCUAGACUUACGUAUGAGGAUUGCAAUUAAGACAGCUGAAGCAUUAGAAUACCUCCAUUCAUCAGCAGCUGGCAUCAUUGGACAUGGCGGUGUUGCAACAUCAACUAUACUUCUAGAUGAGAACUUCAUACCAAAGCUCACAGAUUUCUCAAGAGCAUGUAAGCUUAUCAAAAGGAGUGAAGCUACUACUGAUGGCAGUGUAAUCAGUAGCAGCUUUCUAGAAAAAGUUCUCAACAACGACCCAUCUUGUUAUGGUUCUGUGCUGAGAAAUCUGGAAAGUGAUGUGUACAACUUCGGUGGUGUUCUCAUGGCACUCAUUUGUAGGGAUAAGAAUACUGAUCAUGAUGACCUUAUCGUCAAAUUCACCGAAGCUUAUGAGACAGAUAAAAGUGGGAAGGCAAUGUUCGAUCGGGAUAUAACAGCUGAAGAUGAUAUCACUCUCCUUGAAGAGAUUGGGAGGUUGGCUCUGCAGUGUACCAUUUUGAAGGGAGAUGAGAUGGUUAAGAGACCAACGAUGAAGGAAGUGGCAGCACACCUUGGGAUGCUUAGGAAAUCAUGGAAGGAGGGUACCGCUGGAGCACACGCACAAGCAAAUGAAACUGACGCUAGACCUGCGAUGUCAGCAGAGCCAAGGCUACCAAACCUGAUGCGCCACUUGUUCGGAUAUCGGCGAAUCUCCACUAGUGAUCCUAUAAAGACAUGUUAGUAAGUGUGAAGAUCCUGAUGUGUUGUGCAGCUACUUCUGGUAGACCAUUUCAUUGCAGCGGUUUUUAUCUAUCCAUGUUUUCCAUUAUGCAAUGCUUAAUCCGAUCCCCGUUGUUGCACUUUUAGAUGUCGGAGCUGCAUAUAUGGUAGAUGUUCCCUAUAACAAGCAUGACUUGGACAAUUACGGUUCCACCAGUAAGCUGUGGUGAGCUACAAGGAACCAUGAGGGAUGAUUGGUUCUUGUUUUAUCUGUUGGUGGGUCUUCUAACAUGUACCGGAACGUGUAUGUGAGAAAAUAGAAAAUCUGUCAAUUUCUA